GAUGUUGGGACUUCUCAUUCAUGGGCUGUGAUUGAUGCACGCAUCAUGUCUUGGCUUCUUGGUUCAGUGGAGCCUCAUAUUGUCACCCACUUGCGGCCUCAUCGCUCCGCUCAAUCUAUGUGGGCUUAUUUGAAGAAAGUUUAUCAUCAGGAUAACGAUGCUCGUCGCUUUCAAUUAGAACAUGCGAUUGCCAUGUUUCAACAUGGUAGUCUUUCCAUCCAGGACUACUACUCGGCAUUUCUGACUUUUUGGCAUGAAUAUGCUGAUUUGGUUACAGCGGAUGUUCAUAUUGCCGCUCUCUCAACUAUUCAGACUAUUCACGCGACUACCCGGCGUGAUCAGUUUCUUAUGAAACUACGUCCGGAAUAUGAAUCUGUUCGCUCCUCUUUACUGAAUAGAUCUCCUGUUCCCUCUCUUGAUAUUUGUUUUGGUGAGUUACUUCGCAAAGAGCAACGCCUUAGUACUCAAGCUAUUUUGGAGCAAUCUCAUGGCAGUUCCGGGACGACAACUGUAGCUUAUGCUGCCCAAGGACGCGGACCACCUAUGCAUUCUAAAAACUUGCAGUGUUUUUGCUGCAAGGAAUAUGGGCAUAUUGCUGCCACUUGCCCUAAGAAGUUUUGUUCUUAUUGCAAGAAGAAAGGUCACAUUAUCAAAGAAUGUCGUAUUCGCCCCCAGAAUCGUCAGGCCCAAGCAUUUCAGACUUCGAUUAUUGUCCCUCCUGUAGCAACACACGACUCUCCUUCAGCUGCGUGCUCUGUUCCUGCACCUCCUGCACCAGAUUACUGCACCCCAGAAAUGGUGCAACGGAUAUUAAUUUUAGCAUUAUCAGCAAUGGGGUUUCAAGGACCAGGUAACGGGGAAGCCGAUCGCGAAGGGACCUAAAGUGGGGCGCUUGUUUCCACUAUUUUUACCUGUUCCAGAUUUUUCUCCACGUUCUUCUAUUAAGUCUUUUGCUUGUAAUAAUGUUUCAGAUCUUAGUAUGGUGUGGCAUCGUCGUUUAGGCCAUCCCAAUACUCAGAUCUUAUCUCAUGUAUUGAACUCUGAUUUACCUGGUAAUAAGGAUCGUUAUUCUUUA